AUGUCGGAAUCUUCACCUAUAAUCAUAGACUCAGAUAUGUCUACUACUUCAGAUAUGUCUACUACUUCGUCGGAAUCUUCAACUAUAAUCAUAAACUCAGAUCUGUCUACUACUUCGUCGGAAUCUUCAACUAUAAUCAUAAACUCAGAUCUGUCUACUACUUCGUCGGAAUCUUCAACUAUAAUCAUAAACUCAGAUAUGUCUACUCCUUCGUCGGGAUCAUUAACUCAGAGCCAAAAUCCAGUGGGAAAUUCAUCUUCCACGUCGGAUGAUAGAGAUUAUCAGAUCAUGCCAACGGCUCAGAUUAAUGACAUAAGUAGCGACGAUGAUGUCAAGAUUGAGAUCACAAAAACUAUUCAUAGAUUCCCAUGCAUGGCUCGUAAGAAUGAACCAACAGACGUUGGUGCUGGUUUAAUUAACUCAGGCAACACUUGUUUCAUAGCUUCCGUGUUACAGUGCCUUACUCAUACUGUUCCUCUUCUCGACACCCUUUCCUCUUACCAAUAUCAAUUCCCUUGCAACUGUGGCAAUGAGAGUUUCUGUGUUCUGCUUACUCUCCAAAAUCAUAUUGAGCUUGCUCUGAGGCUUUCAGGAUAUGAUAUACAGAUUGAUCAGUUUCGUGAUAACGUCAAUUAUUUCUCAGCUGACUUCCAGAUAAACCACCAAGAAGACGCUCAUGAGUUUCUACAGUCGCUUUUCGAAAAGCUACAGAAAUGUUGUUUGGAUCUAAGUGGUAGAAAUAACUCUGCCUCUCAUAAUGUUAACAUUGUUCAGAAUAUCUUUGGUGGGGGUCUUGUUAGUAAGCUUCGUUGUUGCAACUGCAAUUCCAUUUCAGAAACCUUUGAAACGUCUACUGGAUGGAGUCUGGAGAUUGAAGAUGUGAAAGAUCUUUGGAGUGCUCUAGAGUCUUUUACAUGUGUGGAAAAACUCGAGGACCAGUUAACGUGUGAUGACUGUAAAGAGAAAGUCUCAAAGGAGAAGCAACUUAAGUUCGAUAAGUUGCCUCUUGUUGCUUCGUUCCAUUUGAAGAGGUUUAAGAACAAUGGAUUUUAUAUAGAGAAGAUCGUCAAAGAUGUUAAGUUCCCUUUGGAGUUGGAUUUGUUCCCUUACAUGAGCAGUAACGAAAAGCAUGAAGCUUCAACAAAGUACCAUCUCUAUGCCAUGGUGGAGCAUCUAGGGUUUAGUCCACAUUCUGGUCAUUACACAACAUAUGUGAGAUCAGCUCCUGAGACAUGGCAUCAUUUUGAUGACGCAAAGGUCUGUAGAAUCAGCGAAGAAUGUGUUCUAUCAAAGAAUGCGUAUAUGUUAUUCUAUGCAAGAGAAGGAACUCCCUGUUUUGUUAGUGCCUUUGAAGAGCUGAAGACACUAUUUGAAGCGAAUCCGAUGACUUUUUCGCCAGCCUCUGUUCUUGAGACCGACCAUAGUUACCAGAAUGUCUCUGAUUCCAACAACGCCUGUAAUGGCUCCGUGGGAGUAUCGAGCCCGGGUGAUGACUCUGAUAAGUUGGCGUGGGUACAAAAGAAGCAGAGAUCGAAGAGAGGGUAA